GCAACUGCGGAGCUGUGCGUUAUGUUUCCAUCCACCCACAGAAAGCCUUCCUCGAGUCGAUCAACAGACGAGUUGUGCUGCUGGAGUCUUGUGCCUUCUGGACCCACGGAGCUGACUCCCAUAUUCUUACGCCUUACUAGGAGGUUACACGUUCCUUCUCGUUUCCAACUGCCGCUGCGUCGUUCGCCAUGCCUCCUCGCGACAGCUGCACGUCGCCGCCGAUGCCUCGGCGGCAGCUGAGCGUCGAAAUCCCCGACGUCGAUUUCUUGGACGUCGCCGUCGAGCCGCUGGCUGCGGAACCACGAGGCCUGCUCGGCGGCGCAGAGGCUGCUACCGCGGCGAGCGACGACGACGACGACGACGACGAGAUGUGGGAUAUCGACAUCCGCCGCCGCUCCAUGAGCCAACCGCGCCGCGACCAACGCUGUGCCGCCGUGUCCACUGACGCGCUCACGCCGACGUACCUGCGGCCUGACUCGGACCUGCUCUUGCUCGGCCUCUAUCAUCUUCCCACGCCGCUAGCCGCUGGCCCCGCUGCGAGGCCCUCUAGGGACGCGACGCACGUGUCGCUGAGCUCACGUGAUGCUGACGUGGCGACGACCUCAGAGGCUUCGGCGCAGCUAAAGCUGCUGGAAGUGAGGCUGGAGGUGCUUGAGGCGCAGCACCGACUCGCAGCAUUGCGCUGCGAACGCGAACUAAUCGGGGGGGGCAAGAUCGCGGAAUCGAGCUCUAGUACUACUGCUACUGGCAGCACGAGCCCCACUCCCGCGGCGUCCAGGUCGAGCUCCGCAUCCCGGUCCGACUCCCCGCUUCGGUCCGCCUCGCGCCGCCGCAUAAGCAGCGCCAGGAGCCUUUCCGCUUUCAGCGGCGGAAGCACCGUCAGUCAGGUUGGUAGAUCAGGGGCUUCUAGUGCCCUGUCAGGCUCCUCCCCCGAGUCAUCCGCGCAGCCCACAUGCGCGUCUGGGCGGUUUGGCGGGAGCGGCUACGAAGACGACAUUGGCGGCGACGAGGAGUCGCCGCCACCAAUGGCGCGAUGCGUGUCGGCCGGGAGUGUUGGCAGACGCCGCCAAGGGGGGAGCCACGAGGAGCGGGCGGCAGGAAAGAGUUGCGUUUCGAGUACGCGGGAAGGGGAUGAGGGCGAGGAGGACUUUCCCCCCGCGAUGGCGGAGGAGACGCCCCGGUUGACCUGUGUGGCUCGGAGCCCGCGGUUGGUGUCAUGCAUGUCGUUCCGCCCCGCAUGCAUAGCGCCGCGCACCACAUCCCCCGUGCGCUGCAAGGCCCCAGCAAUCGCGCACUCGCAUAAUGGUGGCGUGAAUCGACUGAUCUCUGCUCUCCUCAGCCACCGCAAGUAAGGAGAUGAGAUACUUCUCUUGCUGCUCCUGCGAGGGAUCUGCUCUGCAGGAUUCUAAUGCACGCUAGAAUUUUUGGAAAGGGACACCCAUGGUCGUCUAUUCUUGCUGCAUACACCCUAUCAGCCAGAUCAGCAACUAGUGUACCUGAGAUGGCCCAGAUGGGAGGUACGAUUACGCCCUGAGCUAUUCUAGAAGAGGCCUUCAUUGUCAUGAAACAUAACUCAAGAGUAUAGUGCAGAAUUCUAUAGGGGGGCGUGACUACAGAAUGUCUCUAACAAUGAAAGGCCUAUGGCUUA